AUGACUACGAGAAUACAAUUCAUGUCAGACCUUCACUUGGAGCGUAUCAAUUACAAUUACGAUAUACCUUGUGCUGCCUCCCAUCUGGCCUUGGCUGGAGAUAUUGGACGCUUCUGCGACUACGACGAAUAUGCCGCUUUCCUGAAGAUUCAAUGCCAAACAUUUGAUCAGGUACUUUUGGUAGCAGGGAACAACGAGUUCUACGGCUCCUCACGACAAGAGGCUCUGGAUGCAGCGAACAGACUAGUGCAGGAUCCGAUUUUGCAAGGCAAGCUGGUGUUUCUGAAUCGAACUCGAAUCGACCUUGCAGGAUCCAACAUUACCGUUUUAGGGUGCACGCUACACUCACAUAUUGCGUCUGACUGUACUCAGCUGAACAAGGAUUUCACAAGCAUCAGGAACUGGAAUAUUGAAGACCAUAACAGAGAGCAUGAGCUAGAUGUCGAAUGGUUGUGUUCGUCUCUCCAGCACAUUGCCGAUACGGACUCUCAAAAGCAAGUCAUCAUAAUCAUUCACCACGCCCCGUCGUUCAAAGACACGUGUCAUCCUAUGCAUGAAAACAACGCCGUGAGUCAGUGUUUCUGCAGUAAUACAUUGGACGCUUUCAGAACAUGGAAAGGUCACGAGCAAGUAAGCAAUUGGAUAUUCGGCCAUACGCAUUGGAAUGCUCGUUUCAUGCGCGGAAACACAAUAGUGCAAAGCAACUGCCUUCCUAACCAACCUCGCAAUCUCAGUUGGUGGAGAAGGUUCACCAUGUACAGGCCGUUCGAUCUACGAGCAGUCAUAGACACUCCUGCACGGUAUUGGAGCAAUUAG